CUCUGACUCCUGAUGGCAUAGACAAGUGGCCGCGAUCAUCACGUGGACAGUCAGAAAUCACGCUGCGGGAUCCGAUUUCUGUUCCUUUUUUAAUCCCUGGCGUUUCCCUCCAAAUCCUUCGCACAUUUUGUCUCAUAAGACCAUGACGGAACUCGGACUUGCACGUUUGGGAUAAUUUUAAUAAUGGUUCGCUUCAAAUGUACAUUUCCACGGAGCUGCAGCUGAGGUUAUAUUCAAAGUCCGACUGGAUUCUCACAGCGUGAUGGAUACAAAUGAGUCCGCAGUACUGAAACUUUUUGUUGUUGGGAUUUUGGUCAAUGCCUGGAUGAUAAGAGGGUUAUCAGCCACUGACAGUUUUAACAUUGAGCCCACUCCCCCCUGGCCAAGGAAACCCUGUAAUGAGUCUCGUCUGCAGUGGGAGGUGGAGGUCUGUGGAGAGGACUUCAAGCGGGACAUGGGUCACAUAGAUCCACAGUACUGGUGUAACCUCACACACUUCAUCAGUGAGUACCACCUCUUCACGCUCUGCACAGAGACGAAGUCCCACAUUGUCCACUGCUACUGGCCCAAUCCCCUGGUGGAGGGCUUCAUCAUCCGCAUACACAAGCACUUUUUCUCCAACUGCACCAUGGAGCCUGUGGUAUGGGUGGACCCGCCGGACGACACACUAACCAUCCUAAUCCUUAUCCCUGUUUUCCUCACAUUGGCCAUGAUAGCCCUAGUGGUCUGGUGCAGCAAGAGGAGCGAUAUCCUGGCUUAGGAGGGGAGGAAGAUACAAGUAGAGGGAGAAGGGAGCGUAAGAAAGACUGAGUUCAAGGUCCCAACCUCUCCACUCAAACAAUACUGUACUAAGGAGUGCACAGAUUGGUUUAGUUGGUCAAAUUACCCCAUUAGUGGUGUUGCAAAUCACCUCAACUUCCUGUGGAAAUGAGGAAAGUAGUGCCCGGUAGUAUUUUCUUGAAUAUUUAACAUAUUGUGUAAUUUUUCACAUUUCUGACACUGACCUACUAUCACUGUGCUGUUGCACAUCUGAUGUAGACUUAUUUGCUUUCUUGCAUGGUAAAUAUGUAGUUUACCUUAGCACAAAGACUGGAAACUGACUCUGUCCAAGGUUAAAACAAUCCACCCACCAGGACCUCUAAAGCUCACUGAUUAACACAUUAUAUCAUGUUUGUUUAAUCCAUACAAAAGCAAAGUGUAAAAUCAACUUGUGGAGCAGUAGUCGGGUACAAUACUUUCUUGAGUCACCUCGAGAUUCGAAGUAUCAAGGUAUUUUAUUUAUCAUUAGACAACACAAGGUUUUACAACGAAAUUAAAGUUUAUAGUUUAUACACACAGAACUGAAAUAAUUAAUUGUAUGUACAUGUAUGGUAACAUGUAAAAUAAAUAAAAUAAACCAUAAAUAUUAAAUAAAUAUUAUAAUAUACAGUUAUUUAUAAACAUAUAUACAUAUACACAUAUUGUUGAAUUUGCAUCUACGAUGAUGUAAACAGUAGCAACCAGAUAGUGAUGAUAAUAUGGUUUUCAUAUUCACAUAAAAAGUCAGACAUAUAGGAAACAGUGUCCAUUUUGAAUGCGUUUGAGUACCAAACAUCACCGAUGUAAACAAAGAGCUCGCCUCCUCUCAUCUUGCUGGUAUCUUGUGCUCUUGUGUCAGCUUGGAACGUGAUCACAGCACCCACUGUGGAGCCUGGUUCAGUAGAUCUGACAGGGUGGAUUGUCUCAAGGUCCGCUGCUCUUUUAUCCAAACCCUGGCUUCUUUAUCUGAUGACUCUAUUUCUGUCAUAGGUAAUUUGUGUUUCAGCAAUAAAAAAAAAAUACGAUGAAAACCAAAAAUGUAGUAGAGUUUGAAGAUGCUGAAGGCCCCAGCAUCAGUGCGCGGAGCCGUUGCCAUAGUCACCAUCUUCUGAUUCAGUCAAUUUUACACAAUUAUGGCUUAGCCGGUUAAAUCAAAAUCCAACAGACAUCAAUCAAUGAUGUUUCAGCAAUAAAGCCCAAAAGAAAUAAGAUUAAAUCAAAAGUGUAGCAAAGUCUUAAGGAGUUUCCAGCCACUGCAUCUACAUGCGCUGAGCAUCAACAGCCAGGAAACACUCCAGGAAGUAACUGCUGCUGACCAAGGAAUAGUACGGCACAUAACCCCCCGUAAACCCACAUGUCACUUUACACUUUGAUUUUUGUAUGGAUGAAACACACAACACACAAGUUAGUGAGCUUUAUAGGUGCCAGUAGGUGGAUUUUGUUACCUUUGAACAGAGCCUACAAGCUAACGGUUUUCCUUUGUUUCCGGUCUUUAAGCUAAGCUAAACUAACCAGCUGCUGACUGUUGCUUCUUAAGUAGCUUACAGGCAUGAGAGUGGUAUCAAUCUUUUCAUUUAACUCGCGACAAGAAACCGAAAAUGCAUAUUUGUAGAACUGUUCCUUCAAGACACAGAGUCAUUUGAAGAUGUCAUCACUUACUGGGUAACUUGACCAGCGGGACAAUCUACCAAAUCUUGGUGCAUCCUUCAAAGCUCAUGGAUGUGGACCAUUGACUCGGAGAUUCUUGUCAGAGCACUGUAUCGUGACUGAAGGCCAAAGUAUCUACCAAGCAUCAGAGGCAGUGACUGAACUGACUCCCAUACCAUUUGUUAAAUAUUUUAACAUGAUACUCUUUUUGGCUUGGAUACAAAGGAAGACACAUUUGGACUUAAUAUUGUCUGUAAUAUUAAUCUGCAAGUUUUACCUUACACUGUUGUGCAACCCAAAGACAAGGCAACACUAUGAUACAUAUAUGUUGGGACUUGAAUUUCUUGUGUGACUACCUGAGCCUCAAGGGACUGUUUUAUAACAGUGUAACUUAUCCGAUACUGUUGAAUAAAAUACUGUUAAUACUCACAAAGAGGGAUUCUCAAUGGAAACAAAAAAAUAUGAAUUGACAUUGGGACCUCAUACUGUACAGUAAUGCUCUCUGUCCGUGCUGUCUACUGUAUCUGCAUUGCCUCUCCAGUGUUACUCAGACCAACGAGAAAUUCACACCGAUGUUUUGAAAUUAUUUCCUUUUGGGAAAGGCUUGAUUUAAUGUACGCACUUCAUUGGUUCUUUGAACCACAGUCCUCACCGCCAUGAGGGAAACUACCAACCAAGCACUGCUUUAUUAUUUUCUUCCAAAGCGUAAGGCAUCAGCUCUGUCAGCUCUCACCGGCACACUUUUGUCUAUGGAAACUUAAACUCCUGAGCAAAAGUACUUUGAUUAAAUCUCUCUUAAAGUAA